AUGCUGCCGUUACGCGUGGUCAUCGGGUUAGCGACGGCGUUCGCGCAGGUAACUGCUGCGCUGGUGGACGCUGAUGCAUCUGCAGCUUUGGCGAGCUCUGUUACGGCGUCCGCUGCAGUAGGGACCCCUUCGGCUUCUGCAAAUUUCAUUCGCGAUGCGGCAAGUCAUGUCAAUCUCUUCAUCGGGACGACCAACGGCGGGCAUACUUUCCCCGGAGCGACAAUUCCCCAUGGCAUGGUCAAGGUCGGGAUGGACACCGACUCUCCCGGAAACCAUGCCGGUUACGACGCAAACCCCAUCUUCAACGCGACGGGUUUCUCCCAAUUGCACGACGACGGCACUGGAGGGGCGGUUCCGCUGUCCCUGUUCAAACUGUGGGCCUUCACUUCAUGUGGGGUCGGAAACACCUUCGAAGAAUGCCAGACGUCGAUCUCGGGGCGUAAGGCGCUCAGGAAAGUCUUGCCAGAUGGGUCUCCCGACGAUGCGGCUGAACCAGGAUACUUCUCGACAAACCUGUCCACCGGGAUCCGCGUAGAGUUGACAUCUACACGUCGCGCUGCCAUUCACCGGUACACAUUCCCCGCAGGGACGAAGACCCCUCGCAUGGUGGUCGAUAUUACCAACGAUGGGCAGAUGAGUAGCACGGACCCCGAGAUGGACCUCGACCCCGACACAGCGCGUGUUACCGGAGGUGCUCACUUCGAAGCAUCCUUCGGACCUGGACGGUAUCGUGCGUUCACUUGCGUAGACUUCAAGGGCGAUGGCUACGAGCUUGGUGCACCCACUGAAUUUGGCGCAUGGCUAGCAGACUUUCCUGUGAAGCAAACGGUCACGGUUACGCAGUUGUAUACGAGCUUCACCGACCAAAUCGGCGCACUCUUCACGUUUGCUCCGAAUGGGAACAGUACCACUUCGAUCCUGGCACGGGUCGGAGUGUCCUUUAUCUCCUCCGAGCAAGCUUGUGCGAAUGCGGAGGAUGAGAUCCCCGACUUCGAUUUCGAACGAGUGCGCUCUGCGUCUCGAACACAGUGGAACGAGCUCCUCGGUCGCGUCCAGGUCGACACCACCAAUGUGGACCCCGAGAUCGUCGACCUCUUCUACAGCUCUUUCUACAGAACUCACCUGUCCCCGGCCGAUUACACUGGCGAGAACCCUCUCUGGAACUCUACCGAGCCUUACUACGACUCCUUUUACUGCAACUGGGACACGUAUAGAACACUGUACUCGUUCAUGGCUCUUCAUGAUCCUGCAACUUUCGCGAGGAUCGUGCGGGGUAUGAUCAACAUCCAACAACACGAAGGCUGGCUGCCCGAGUGCCGCGGCGCCACCGCAAAACACUAUAUCCAGGGUGGAAGCAACGGCGACCCAAUCCUAGCAGAGUUCUUCGUCAAAUUCCACGAGCACGCCAAGGAACUUAGCGUCUCUGCGGAUGCGCUUUACAAAGCUCUGCUUGCAGAUGCAGAGUUGCAGCCACCGAACUGGGAUUUGCAGGGCCGGCAAGUGAACAUCUGGAAAACACUAGGAUAUAUUCCCUCCGAUGUCUGGGAGAGGAGUGGCACGAACUCGAAACAAGUGUCCCGAACGCUGGAGUACGCCUUCGACGACUUUUCUAUCUCCCAAGUCGCAAAGGUUCUCGGGAAGUCCGCUGAUGGAAAGAAGUACGCUCAGCGUUCGGAGAACUUCGCGAACGUUUGGAAUCCGAACGUCACAUUCCCUGGGGAGACAGACAUAGCGGGGUUCAUGCAGCCUCGCUUCGCGAAUGGCGUCUUCAACUUCACCGACCCGAGGCACUGCAGUAUCCACGAUCCUAUCCAGGCCACAUGCUUUCUAAAUGCGCAAAACCACGAUGGGUUUUACGAGGGCGCGCCGAUAGUGUACUCGCAAUAUGCGCCUCACGACACCGCGAAGCUCAUCGCUCUGCAGGGAGGGAAGGAGAAGUUCGUGUCACGAUUGAACUUCAUCUUCAACCAGGGUUACUUCGACUCUACCGACGAGCCCUCGCAACAGAUCCCGUUCAUGUACCACUACGCCAACAGACCGGGACUAAGUACUCAACGCUCUCGGCAAGUCAUCGCGGAGUUCUACAACACCUCCAUAAACGGCCUUCCGGGUAACGAUGACUCCGGUGCCAUGGGCAGCUACGUCGCCUUCUAUCUGGCGGGUCUCUAUCCUCUCCCCGCCACACGGCAGUUCCUUUUGUCUUCGCCCUACUUCCGCGAGAUUUCUUUCCAAAACCCGGUGCUAAACACGACGACCACAAUUCGCGCGAAUGGUUUCCACGGAAAUCCGAAGAACGGCACUGGCGGACACGUCUUUGUACAGAGCGUGAAGAUCGAUGGCAAGCCGUGGAAGUCAAACUGCUUUAUCGACUGGGACGCCUUCACUAGCGGCUCGCUCAUCGAGCUCCAGCUCACAGACAACAUCAACGUCGGGUGUGGAGCGGGCUUGGAUGCUUUGCCGCCAUCGCUCUCUACUGGGGGAUACGACUAG